GCGCCCGCCCCUUGUUGUCACGGCGCCGUGCGGGGCUGGGGCCGCUCUCGCCGCUGUUGUUGCCGCCGCCGCGGGAGCCCGGGCGGGGAACGGCUCCCCGGCCUCGCCAUGGCCACCAGCACCACGGGCUCCACGCUGCUGCAGCCCCUCAGCAACGCCGUGCGCCUGCCCGUCGACCAGGUCAACUUUGUAGUGUGCCAACUGUUUGCCUUGCUUGCGGCUAUUUGGUUUCGAACAUACCUUCAUUCAAGCAAAACUAGCCCAUUUAUAAGACAUGUUGUUGCAACACUCUUGGGCCUUUAUCUUGCACUUUUUUGUUUUGGAUGGUAUGCCUUACAUUUUGUUGUACAAAGUGGAAUUUCCUACUAUAUCAUGAUCAUAAUAGGAGUGGAAAAUAUGCACAAGUAUUGCUUUGUUUUCGCUUUAGGAUACCUCACUGUGUGCCAAAUUACUAGGGUCUAUAUCUUUGAUUAUGGACAGUAUUCUGCUGAUUUUUCUGGUCCAAUGAUGAUAAUUACACAGAAGAUCACUAGUUUGGCAUUUGAGAUUCAUGAUGGAAUGUUUCGGAAAAAUGAAGACUUGACUCCAUCACAGAGGUGUUUGGCUGUAAGACGCAUGCCAAGUCUACUGGAGUAUUUAAGUUACAACUGUAAUUUCAUGGGUAUCCUGGCAGGCCCGUUGUGCUCUUACAAAGACUAUAUUACUUUCAUUGAAGGCAGAUCAUACCAACUGCAACAGUCUGAAGCAAAUGGGAAGGAAGAUACAAAGUAUGAACAAACGGAUCCUUCCCCAAAUCUAUCAUUUGUUGGUGCUCAAAGUGGUGUCAACUCUCAGAAAUUAAUAUCUGUCUUUAUAGCUGUGGCACAGAAGCUCUUGAUCUGUGGACUGUCCUUACUCUUCCACAUGACUAUUACAAAAACUUUGCCUGUGGAAUACAACAUUGAUGAUAACUUCAGAGCUACAGCAUCAUGGCCUGUAAGGUUUUUCUACUUGUAUGUGUCUCUCAUGGCUGCCAGACCGAAGUAUUAUUUUGCAUGGACUUUAGCAGAUGCAAUUAAUAAUGCAGCGGGGUUUGGUUUUAGAGGCUAUGACAAAAAUGGAGUUACACGUUGGGAUCUAAUAUCAAAUCUGAGAAUCCAGCAAAUAGAGUUUUCCACAAGUUUCAAGAUGUUUCUUGAUAACUGGAAUAUCCAAACAGCUCUUUGGCUCAAAAGAGUGUGCUAUGAGCGAGCCACCUUCAGCCCAACGAUCCAAACCUUCAUUCUUUCUGCCAUCUGGCAUGGGGUUUAUCCAGGAUAUUAUUUAACAUUUUUAACAGGAGUACUAAUGACACUAGCAGCACGAGCUAUAAGAAACAACAUCAGACACUAUUUUGUUGAAUCUCCUGCUGUUAAACUAUGUUAUGAUAUUGUAACAUGGAUGGCAACUCAAGCAGCAAUAAGUUACACAGUCGUGCCGUUUGUACUGCUCUCGGUAAAACCCUCUUUCACCUUUUACAGCUCCUGCUAUUUCUGUCUUCAUAUUGCCAGCAUCCUGGUGUUGUUGGUAUUUCCAUUGAAAAGAACUCAAAAAGGAAGUAAAAAGCAUGAAAGUGUCCAGCCUGUGUGGUCCAGAAAACUAGAAGAAGAAAGUCUUUUGCAAAAGAACCAUUAUUCCACAACAAAUAAUAGUUUCAGUCAGAAACAAGAAAUAACCUGCAGAUAUCAAGCAUUAAAACAGUGAUUGAGGAAAUACUAUGAUGAAUAUAUUUUGUAUGUUUUCAGAAACCCAUUUUUAGCACCUUUUAAAGGGGUUUGUAUUUGUUUGCAAAGAUAUUUAGUAAGAAAAGAAUGCAUUACCUAGGAAAAUCACAUACAAUAGCAAGACUGGAAACAAAACAAAUUAACCCCUCCCAUGCCAUGUCCCUGUGGGUCACGCCUUAUAUGAAGAUAUUACCAUUAUUUCAAUGGGCACUCAGGACUUGCAACGUAUGUCCAUAGGGUCAUAUGUGUGCCCUUUGCUGAAUGUACGUUGUGUAUCCCAAGGCACUGAUGGGGUGGAAUAAAAUUGUGUCAGUCUAGGAUUAAAAUAUGGAAAUUAACUUUUCCGACUGAGUGAACUUGCCUUAAACCCUCUAUUUACUGAAAUAUAGUUUCUAAGUGGGUAUUUCAAGUUUGAUUUUAUGUGGAAGGUAUUUCAAAUAUAUAACACUAUGUGCUAUAAAGAAGAUAAUGAGAGGAAGUACAAAGUCACUAGAAGACUUUGGAGUCUUUCAAAGGGAAUUGCAAUAAGCAUCUCAGUAUUUGGAGGGUUUUCUUAUCUUAAACUAUUAGAGUACAUUACAGAACUGUAAACAUUGAUGCCAAAUUAUAGUUAGGUUUCUUUGAUAAAGAGUAUAAUUACUCUGAAUGGAUUAAAAUGGCCCUUCUGAACAGAUUAAAAACACCAGAAGAUUUACCUUUUCCAGGGAUUGAUAGCUCUAAUGUAGGUUUCUUUUACUUUAAAGUACCCAAACCCAGUAAUACACUGCCAAGUGGGCUUUGCAGCCAGAGGGGGAAAGACAGCCACAAGGCACAGAAGACAAUGUGCAAGCACUGGGAUUUCAAUGAAAGUGCAGUUUUGCCCUUAAAUACCAUAAAUACUUGUUCUAGAAUAGAACUGUUUUACAAAAAGUAAUUUUUAAUACUUAAAAUUAUUUUGAAUUUUCAGGCAUCAGUUAGUUGAUGAUGCUUUCAGCAUAAAAUAGCAAAAUUACCUUCAAGCUUCAGCACAUAGGUAGUCAAACAUGAAAUGACUAUCACAACCAAUUUCUGUAUGCUUGAUAAUUGAUGAACCUUUAUCCAAAGAAGUGUGUGAAUUUGAGGAAAAGCUUUUUCUUCGAAUUAGAAUUUUAGAUGCAAAUUUCAUGUCAUAUUUCUGGGUAACAUAAUGAAAGAAAGAAAUCCUUCAGAAUAUCUGAUUGUCUGAAUUAUGGAAAUGUGUCAAGGAAACAAUGUAGUGGUUAUAUCUAUUUCCAAUAAUUUAUUUUGAUGAUGGUUAGUGCUAGAGUACUACUGUUAAAGGGCUACAUUUUAAUUGCAUAUAUUCUGUAUUUUCAUAUAAUUUUUUUAAGUAAACACAAGCUGUUUAUCCAUGUGGGGUUUAUUCUUAAUUUUAAAGCAGAUACAAGAUAAUACCAGAGAAAACUAAUGCAGCUGGUUGAUUAAUAACAAACAAUUUAUUGAUAAAAAUUUUGUCAUAAUAUUUUGAAACCUAAAGUUUUCAUCAAAUAUCUAGCUCCAGUUGGAUGAGUAGUCUUACUACCACAAGUGCAAUGAUGGAUAUAUCCCCAGCUUUGGGGAUAUUGCCAUGCAGAAAUCAUCACCAUACUCCCUGAAGAACCAUAUCCUAAGUUAGGUCAGAGUUGUUUCCUUGCUGUCAUAACUCUCUGGCCCUUGGCUCCUUGCCUAAAACUCUGGGAGGAAGAGAACAUAACUUCCCAUAUAUGUAGGUUAGCACUAAUUAAUCUACUCAGAAAGGGUGAACUGAAUAUGAAAUGAGAGUGGAUGAGUCUGUUUAGAUGAGGAGGGACGUUCAUUGUUUCAGUGACAGCUGUAUUAUCUUUAAGAUAAAAGAAUCUGACUUCUAAAUCCUUACUUUGAUUGCCCAGGUAGACUUCCCCUAACAUGGGGUUAUGGUUGUCAUACACUUCUUUGACACCACAUUAUGGUUUUCUUUUUGUUAAUAAGUAAGAGUAUGCUAGUUUGUUUGAUCAUCCUUGUUAAAUACAGAAUCAGGAAAGACAUUUUUUUGCAUUCUGUACUUGAAGGGGCAUUUACAUAAAGGAACAGAAAAAGAUUUGCACAUUUCUGGGUGGGUAAGUAGAAAUAGGAUUGAUUCUUUCAGUAUUGGUUACUCUUGAACUUAAAUUAAUCUUAUUGGUGCAGUCUCCAGAGCUAUUUAAGAAAAACCACUUUUGCAUGCCAUAUGAUGUGGUAUUUUCUUAUUUAUCUUCUCAUACUCUUGAUUUACUGUUUUGGCAUGCGUGCCCACAUGUGCUGUGGAGGCUUACUAAUUCUUCUUUAUGAAAUAUGGAAACAGUUGUAAAGGCUCCCAGAAAAUGAGCAGAUACAGGGUAGUACAGACUGAUACUUCAACGUGAGUGAAUUCAGAGGUACAGUUUUUUCAGAACUUCUUUAUGUAGGGAAGUUGAAACAAAGAAGAAAAUACAUUCAUACUUUCAUUGAGAGCAGGUGGCAAAAUACAGGUUUCAAGAUUGGACAUGACUUUUUUCUUUAUUAUUUGAACUCAUUAAGUAAUUGUACACAAGAAAAUUAUGACAAUUAAAUUCUGCACAGAGUUAAGGUAUAGUGUCCUGGAAUUUACCCUUUAAGUGCCAUUGUUAGGUAUAAAAGUACUUUGAACAAAAAUCUGCUCUUCAUGAGAAUGACUUCUCUUGAGGACUGUGGAAAGAACUGUUUUAUUUUAAUGGCAGCACCCUGAUUUUAGUCCGACUGGGGUUUUUAUGUCUCUUUCCCUCUGCUUUACUCAUUUUCUGCCUUGCUAUCACACUGGAUCCUUUUUAUCCAUUCAGUCAGAAAGUCAAGAGCAGCCAGCCCUAAUGCUUUAGAUAAUUUUUAGGUUUUACACACGCCAUUUGUUAAUACUGAAUUUGAAAGGAUGGCAGUGAUUUUUAUUGCUCUUCCUGACAAAAAUUGUAGAAAGUAUUAUUUCCUAUAAAUGUUUUGGACAUGAAGGAAACAUGGUUUUAAAAGUAUUCUUUCACUUAUUAAAUAAUGUAUAUCCAAAAGUAAAAGUGUUUCCUGUAUUGCAGAUCAGCACACUAUGAAAAGUAAAUGCAACAUAUCAUUCAUAAGUUUAUGGUGCUUUGCAGGUAUUUUCCUAUUGUGAACAGUUCAUUCAGACACUUAAUGAGUUAAUGUUAGUUAGUAAAUGUAGUCACCCCAAUAGUAACUAUUUGCUUGCUUAAUGUUUUUUAACUUUUAUGAUUCUGUGUUAAUGAGAGAGAUGUAUUUUACAUAUUUAACUAAUACUUUCAGUGGUGCCCACUACUGUAAUAAUCAAAAAGGCUUUUUAGCUUUGCAGUUACAGAUAUGCCCUUCUUAUUCAGGAAAUGUAUUCUUCCCUGGCCAUUCCUUAAGUUGACAAUGUAGACAAAAUUUCAGUCAUUGGUGACAUUUGAAAAUGUAUUGAAUGUAAAAAUAUUGGUAUGCAUUUCAAUAUGCUCUUGAUAACAAAUCACACUUUAGUGAGAAUACCAUGAAGAGACCUUGGUAUAUUCCCUGCUCUACACUGAUAUACGGUGUAAGUUUUACCAAUAUAGUAAAUUAUUUAUUAGAGGAAUUUUACACUUGAAGAACUUGUUCUGUUUCCCCCAGGGGAAUAAGUAAUAUUAAAAUAAAUGCUAGGCUUAUAUGACAGGAUACACAUUAGGUAGUUUUGCCUCUUUUGAUGGCAUUGAUUUGGAUAGUGGAAAAAUGUCUUCUGAUGCAGAGGAGAUGUUUGAGAUCAUCCCCUCCUGUCUAACUCAUAUCAAAAGUAAUUUUAACAACAUUUAGAUUUUUUUUUUCUCUCAGAAGCUUUGCAAACAAAUUGUUGACAAUUUAUUUAAAUACACGGUCAAAUGUGUCUGCACAUUUGCAUAAAAAUGUGUAACUUGCUUACAUGUGAACUUUCACAUGUUCAACUUUAUAAGUUGGCCUUGAAAGACAUUUAAAAGCACAAAUUACUAUAAUUUAGGCUUUCAUUUCCCUUAUCUUUAAUUCUUUCACUUUGUAAUUCUAAUUGAAUUCUGAAAUCAGGCUUGAGAAUUUGAUUUUCAUUGGAAAAUUUGAAAUACUACCAUCUAUGUAGAAAAGUGAUCAGUGUUAGAAAAACAGAUGGAAAUAAAUUUAAAGAAUUUAAUAUGAUGCAGACUAUGUAUUAAAAAAUACACAUUAGUUCUGUGCUGAUUCAUCACAGCAUUUCACUACAUGAUUGACCUUCAUGUAUUUAUUUAGGUCCAAUAAUACUCUGAACUGCACUUGGUGUAUUUUUAAAUUUUCCUGUUUAAAAAUCAAUUUAUAAGUAUUUCAGUAAGUAUUUAAAUGCUACUCUGAAUAAGUAAGCAGGCACUCUAGGGAAUUGAGCCUACUCUCAUAAGAUUACCAGGUCUGUCUGCAUCACAGUUAGUUUGCACUGUCCAUCUUCAUCCUCAGAGUCUUGGUGGAAAAGGAUGGCAGUGGAGAAAUCUCUGGUCAGAACAUGUUCCAUCUGUGCCUGGAAGGCUUUGCCACAAUUCCUGCAGGGAGCUAACCCUGUGUGCAGAGCUCGGCAGAGGUUCUACUUGCUUGUGACCCAGGCUGCAGCUGCUCUAUACUACAUCUGACUGGAUUUUUGACAUGUUUGCCGUUCUAAUCUUGAUAUUUUGCAAACACCAUAAAAUCCAGGCAUCCACAAAGUCUCCCUGCAAAGUUACAAUAACAAAUAUUGCAACACUUGUUUAUUAUGGUCAAAGCUAAAUAAAA